AUGUCCAUCACCUUCCACAGCUCCAAACCGCCCUCCCCGCCCACCGCACCACCAGACCCCCCCACCACCCCCUCACCCCCUCCCCCUCCCCCGCAGCCCGACCUCCUCCUCGACGCCCCCACCCACUCCCUCAUCCGCCGCCUCUACGCCCUCCUCGCAAUCCUCUGCCGUGACUACAUCGACACAUGGUACACCCCCAUCAGCAGCGACCGCGACCUCAUCGCCGAGCUCAUCACCGUCGUUGCCGCCGUCGUUCGCGAGAUUGAGCGCCGUAUCCAUAACAUCGACAUACCCCUCCUCCUCCUCGACGACCUCCCGGCGCUCAUAACGCGCCACAUAACUGACCACCGCCUCUCGCACGCGCGGGCAGGAACAACAAGCCACCACACCCCCGCGCAGCUGUUCCACAACCUGCAGCCGCACCCGGCCCUGUCUGGCGGGGCGGCGGCGGCGGCGGAGUAUAAUAAGCUGCUUGCGCACGCGCUGCUGGACGCGCUGCUGCCGGUGGAGAAGCUGCCGAGUCUGUGUGCGCGGACGUUUAUGCGCGACCUGCUGGCGGCGCUGGUGGUGGGCGGGGUGGUGGAGAGGAUGAGUGAGCCGCGGAUGAUGUAUGGGCUGGUUGUGAGUUUGUUGGAGCGGCGUGAUGCUGCUGCUGCUGCUGCUGCUUCUUCCGCUACAUCUCCUCCACCCCCACCUCCGCAGCCGCAGGAGGAGGGGGAACCGAAACCACUGCAGCAAAAACAGCAACAAGAACAGCCACCCGCAAUCCACAUCCCCAUCCCCCCCACGCUCGACUCCACCCUCACCACCCUCCUCCUGCUCCUCUCCGUCCUCAAAACCCUCGCCAUCUCCCUGCUGCACACGCUGCACACGCCUCCCGCGCCAUCACCGCGCGCAAAGCCGUUUCUCGCGAUGGCGGCCGUGCCGCUGCUGCCCAUCUACCUCGGCAUGCCGCAUCUGCAGCCGUGGCUGUGGGGUGUGCUGUGUCUUCUGCUUCGGCCAUUCACCCUGGGACAGGGGCAGGGACAGGGGCUGGGGAGAGUGGGUGCGGUGGUGGACGGGCUGAUUGGCGAGAAGGUGGCGGGUGUGUUGGGGGGUGGCGCGGGGGUUGCGGAGGUGCUGAGGGGGGCAUUUGUGGUAUGCGGUGCUGGACUUGCUGGUGGGGAGGUUGGUGCCGGAGUUGGUGGUGGGGGUGGGGAGGAGAAGGCGAAGGCGAAGGAGAAGGAGGAGGGGGGAGGAGUGGUGGGUGGGGUGUAG